AUGGGGAACGAGGCGAGCAUGGAGGGCGGCGGGCAGCCCGGAGAGGCCGGGAUGAUGGGCUCCGUGAUGCCCGGAGGACCCGCGACCGCAGGGCCGGGAGGACCUCACGUGAAACCCGUCAAUGGCUCUGCUGCCGGCGGAGGGAUGGGAGUCGGAGGCCCCGGGAUGGGGAUGACGAGGGGACCAAUGGGUCAGAUGGGUAGCCCCAAACUUGGCAUGCAGCAAGGAGUUCAAGGUGGAGGCGGGAUGGGAGGAAUAGGAGGUUUAGGAAGUGGGAUGGGUGGAGGAAUGGGAGGCAGAAUGGGCGGAGGAAUGGGAGGUGGGAUGGGAGGCGGAGGAAUGGGAGGUGGGAUGGGAGGAGGAAUGGCCACUGGAGGUGAAAUAGGCUCGAGAAGCAGUGAGCCCUAUCGCCUGGCCGCCCAUGACACGCCAACCUCCCCGCGUCACAUGCAGUCAGGCCAGGGGUCCGGAACUGGACAGGCCUCAGGCCACGGGAUGAGUCACAGUCCAGCCGGGGCCGGCAUGGGGGCCCAUACAGGGCAGAGUCCCGGCCAGCACGCCUCCAGACGAAACCUGCAAGUCGACUUCAACAGUUCGGGCGGCUCCAGGACUGGUCGCUCCCCCUCGGUGUCACCAGACCGUGGUGUGACACCCACCUCGCCCUACUCGGUGCCACAGAUCGCGCCCAUGCCAAAGAGCAAACUGUGUCCGGUGUGUACCACCACAGAGCUCUCCAACCCACCAGCUGUGCCCAACUACAACAUCUGCACCCAGUGUAAGGCCACCGUGUGUAACCAGUGUGGCUUCAACCCAAACCCACACCUCACUGAGGUCCAGGAAUGGCUAUGUCUCAACUGUCAGAUGCAGAGGGCUCUUGGCAUUGAUAUGACCACACCUCGUUCAAAGAGUCAACAACAGAUCCAUUCGCCUUCCCAUCAAGCGAAACCUCUCGUCCAGCCUCAGCAGGCUGCACCUCAGCCAACACAGCGAGAGACUGCAGCACAGCCCAAACCUUUGGCACAGAGCCAGCCCACCCAGCAACAGCAGCCGCAACAACCACAGACUCAACUCUAUGGCCAGAAUCAGUCCUACCCUCAGUCACAGCCAUAUUCACAGUCCCAAGCAUACCCCCAAUCCCAGACAUACCCACCGUCACAGCAAUAUCCUCAGUCCCAGCAGUAUCCCCAGGUCCAGGAACAACCCCAGGCCCAACAGUAUCCACAGUCCCAACAGUAUCCCCAGUCCCAGCAGUAUCCUGAGCCGCAGCAGUACUCCCAGUCCCAGCAGUACCCCCAGUCCCAGCAGUACCCCCAGUCCCAGCAGCAUCCACAGUCCCAGCAGCAUCCACAGUCCCAGCAGUAUCCCCACUCCCAGCAAUAUCCCCAAUCUCAACAAUAUAAUCUUUCCCAGCAGCAUCCGCAGUCUCAGCAUCAUCCCCAGUCUCAACAGUAUCCCCAGGCUCAGCAGCAACCUUACCAACAAUCCCAAUCCGGACCCCAGGCUCAGCAGCAGCCCUACCAACAAUCCCAAUCUGGGCCCCAGGCUCAACAACAGCCUUACACACAGUCCCAAUCCGGACCCCAGGCUCAACAACAGCCUUACACACAGUCCCAAUCCGGACCCCAGGCUCAACAGCAGCCAUACCAACAGUCCCAAUCUGGACCCCAGGCUCAGCAGCAACCUUACACAGCGUCCCAGUUUGGACCCCAGGGUCAGCAGCAGCAGCCUUAUCCACAGCCUCAGUCUGGUCCCCAGGGUCAGCAAUAUCCCCAAACUCAGCAGUAUCCACUGGCUCAGCAGCAGCCUUUUCCACAGUCCCAGUCAGGGCCUCAGACACAGCCUCACAGUUCACAAAACUUACACAGUCACACAUCUUCCAGUGGUCCCCAGAUCCAGACAGGUCCUUCCCAUCAGGGAAUGAGGUCUGACUCAUAUUCCCAGAAAGAUCCAAGAACUGCUGGAGGCUCUGCAGGAGGUCCCAACCAACCUGGUGGUCCAAGAAUCCCUCACCCUGGUGCUGUACCCCUCCCUGGCUUGACAAAAGCACCGUCCCAGCCUGAUCUAGGUCGUGGCUCUCCCAUGCACCAGUCUAUGGCACGGCAUCAUGACCACACCAGAAGCGCUGGCUCUUCUCCAGCUCACAAGCCCCAGAGUCAGGCCCAUCCUCCUGCCCAGGAUGGACUGACCAAGCUAUUCGGCUUUGGAGCUUCCCUACUCAACCAAGCGAGUACCCUGAUCAAUGUGGACCCUUUACCAACCUCGUCCGCGCAUCCCAGUCCCGCACGAGGCAAGGUGGUAUUCAGUAAUGCGGCCCCUGACAACAAACAGCCACAACAAGGGGUCUCAGGUGCCAAACCAUUUGGCAUGGGGGGUUCUCAUGGUUCGACUCAAAUGGGCGGUCCUCAUGCGCCGACCCAAACGGGUGGCCCUCAACCUCCAAUCCAAAUGGGCGGCCCCCACGCACCAAGCCAAAUGGGGGUUACCAAUGCACCAAAGCAACAGCAGCAGACUGUACCCCAACAACAAGGAAUGCCACAACAGCAGUCCCUUCAACAAAAAGACCCACAACAACCUCAAGGGCAGCAGCUUCGACAAAUGCCAUCACAUGGGCAAAAGGCGGAACUAAAGCAGGAUACAGCAACGGCUCCCACCACAGCUCUGCAGCCAGCAAAGCCCAAAGUGAACUGUCCUCUGUGUAAAACAGAGUUGAACAUCGACAGCUCUGACCCACCCAACUACAACUCAUGUACGCAGUGUCACACUCAAGUGUGCAACUUGUGCGGCUUCAACCCUACACCACAUCUGGUUGAGAAAAAAGAGUGGCUAUGUCUCAACUGCCAAACCCAGCGGCUGAUGUCUGGAGGAGGUCUCGAUGAACCUCCUCUCCCUGUUCCUCACCCGUCCCCAAAACAACAACCCUCGGGGUCCCCACGCCACCAGGCGCCAGCUAGUCAACAAAGCCCUCUCCACAAAGCCAACAACCUGCAAGGGUCCAAACAAGCCCAGCCUCAGACACAAAAACCACAGUCGGGAACUGGAGGUAGUGAACAGUUUGGGCCAAAUGCUACCAAACUGCCCCCAGACACCAAGAGCGCCAUACCAACUACAACAACUGGACCAACAACAGAGACCCAGAAGAAGACAAAAACCACAGACGAAAAACCUAAAAUGGAGCCUGAAAGCCAAACUGCCAAAGACAGCAAAAUCACGAUCAAAAAAGGAGAUCAAAUCACACCAAUCAGGGAAAUUAAGAAGUCAAGGCAUUAUGACGAUACAAAAAACAGCACACAUGACUUGUCACGCAGCCCGCAGAGCCUCAGUGAUACCGGUUACUCCUCUGACGGCAUCUCCAGCUCUCACAGCGAAAUCACAGGACUAAUUCAAGAGGAAGAGAUGAAAUUGAGUGAGAGGGGCAUCAUCGGACGGGGCUCCCCGCCAAGCCCUUCAGAAAUUAAGAAGCUGGAAAGUUCCAUGAGGCCUUUGCUAGAGAAGAGCCUUUCCGAAGACAAAGCGGACAGAAGAGGAAGGAAGCACAGGGAUAGAGACUUGGAUGACAGAGGGAAGCAUCGCCCACGCUCUUUGUCAAUCCCACCAGAUGCAUAUGACUCAGAUGAAGAACUUGAGGACAUAAUGGAAGAACAGGAAGACGGAGGAGACUGGGAGGCUAAACGGAAAGAAGGGAAGGAGGAGAAGAAGGAAAAGAAGAAAAAGGAAAAGGAAGGUGAGCCAACCGAGAUGACCGAUGAGGAAUUCAUGAGGAGGCAGAUAAUGGAGAUGAGUGCUGAUGAAGGAAAUGAUGAGGAAGAAGAGAUGGAGGAAGAUGACGAUGAGGAAGACGAAGGAUAUGGGUAUGAGCGAAAGAAAAGCCACCACAAACACACCCUAUCUGACACAGCAAAAGAGAAGCGCCGCCUACAGCACCACUCUAGCAGUUUUGAGGAGGAAACAAAAAGCUCCACCGAUGUUUACAAAAGCUCAGUAGAAGAGGGUGAGGAAGAUCUGAUGGCGUCACAAGGUGGUCUGAGGCGCUUUAAAACCAUUGAACUCAAUAACACAAACAGCUACAGCCGAGACAUUGAGCUCAGUAACGAAAAUGACUUGAGCCUUGAUCGAGAACCCGAACUGGAGAUGGAAAGCUUGACCGGCUCUCCCGAGGAGCGCUCUCGAGGUGACUACUCGUCCACUCUUCCACCAACCUCUGCAUCCUCCUACGGCUCGGGCCAGUCUCCUACAUCCAUCUCAUCAAUGGAAGAAGACAGUGACAGUAGCCCCAGCAGGAGACAAAGGUUGGAAGAGGCUAAGCAGCAGAGGAAAGCACGGCAUCGCUCUCAUGGCCCUCUGCUUCCUACAAUUGAAGACUCUUCAGAAGAAGAUGAACUGAGAGAGGAAGAGGAACUCCUGAGAGAGCAGGAGAAGAUGAGAGAGGUUGAACAACAAAGAAUCAGAAGCACAGCACGCAAGACUAAGCGGGAUAAAGAGGAGCUGAGGGCUCAACGACGGAGAGAAAGGUCCAAGACACCACCCAGUAAUCUUUCACCUAUCGAAGAUGCUUCUCCAACAGAGGAGUUGAGACAAGCUGCCGAAAUGGAAGAACUCCAUCGUUCCUCUGCCUCUGAAUACUCCCCUCAGAGUCUAGAUUCAGAAGCUGAGGGCUAUGAGUCCAAACUUUACAAGUCAGGCAGUGAGUACAACCUUCCUACCUUCAUGUCGCUUUACUCACCAAUUGAGAAAUCAUCGAUCACAACCACAGUUGCGUCAUCAACCACUUCCAAGCCAUUAAAGAGUGCUGAGGAGGUUUAUGAAGAGAUGAUGAGGAAGGCAGAGCUGCUUCAAAAGCAACAGAAACAGCAGCAGUCUCCAGUAAGACACAGUCAGUACUAUGAAGAAGACAUUAAUGGACAAGGUUAUGAUGAGGAGUAUGACUAUGAACAAGAUCAAACAGGCUAUGACAAUGACACAGUUGAGAUGGAAAGUGAUAUCUAUGAAGAGAUUCGACAAACAUCUCAGAACAUCACAAAGAUGCAGCAGGCCACUGAUGAGCAAGUAGAGAUUGAGAGCUCUUAUCCAGACAAGCAAUUUCUUGAAACAGGUUCAUCCUUUGCAAAACUACUGGAGCAAAGCAAUGCUCUUUUGACUCCAGGAACCAGCUCGACCCAGAUCUCCUCUCCUGUGUCUUUUGCCGAAGCAGGAGGACGCGUCCCUGAUGUUAGAGUAACUCAACACUUUGCUUCAAAGGACAGACACAAAGACAAAUUAAAAACCCAAGCGGGGAAAAAUGGAAUAACCCCAACAGUAGCUGCCACUACAAUUGCAGCUUAUGGAGUUUAUGCCAGAGAUGCUGUAACAAUUUCACAUACAAGUACAAGUAACACGAUGACAUCCACACAGUCAUCUAUGUAUAGCAGACACACAAGUCCUGCCACAUCUUCAGCUACAGUCUCAAGUGUAUGCAGCAAAAUUGCAGAGAUUACACAAGCCUAUAGUCAAAGAGAGGUUAUCACCAGAAGAGUCGGGGACACUCGCGGUGUUCGUGAUAGCCCAACAGCUUCUAAUGAGCGAAUCAGUGAGCCACGCUCCCCUAAGUAUACAACUUAUUACAGGAGCACCAGCCCUCCCCUUUCUCCGUCCCCACCACCACAAAGCCCCACCCGCUCCCCCUCCAGGAGGGCUACAGCUGAGUUCUCUACACAGACUUUCAAUUCAGCACUACGAAUGGACUCUGGGGGUUCUGGGCCGACAUCUCCAGUGAUGGCUCAGGGAACCCAAACUUCACAUAGAUCGGUCUCCCCACGUCUCUACCGGCAGCAGUCGUCUCAGGAUGUGCCAUACUCUCCACCUGCCAGUCCAGCUCGUCCGAUGACCGUCAACACGGCUACAUCCCCUCUGUCUUCACCCACACGAUUUAGCCGUCAAUCUACAUUUGAUUCUUAUUCACCAUGUGGUAGCCCGCCAGAUACGCCACCUUACCAACAUUCACCUACACGCAGCUUCUACAGAACACAAAGAAUAGAAAAGGUAAAUGUUGGAACAAGUAUGGUUACCACAGCCGGUAGUUAUACAAGAGGUUCCAUUUCUAUGGAUAAUAUAUCCCUCUGCCGCAUAUCGACAGUUCCAGGCACUUCUCGGGUGGAGCAGGGCCAUAUGAUCCAAGGUGGAAGCGUUGUGGACCUGAGAACAAUCACCAAACCUGCUCCAAUCAUCAUGACUGAUCAAGGAAUGGAUCUCACCUCUCUAGCCACUGAAAGCAGAAAAUACCAAGGUGGCUCAGAUGGGAGCAGACAGUCAACAAUUGUACAACCUCUGAUUAUGAACCUUAAUGCCCAGGAGACAAUCACACCAACCACUGUGAGUGUAACUGUGGCGGCUUCAAUGUUUAUGUCUCAGACCAAACAACCAAUGAUCUACGGUGAUCCCUAUCAAAAUAGAAUUGAUCUAGGUCAUGGCAUGGGUUCAGCUGUGUGUUUUUCCCAAAACAAACCCCCUCUAUCACCUCCAUUGGACCCUUCAAUUCCAAAAAUUGAUGCAAAACUUGAAGACCUUAGUAUUCAACAGAAAGAACUCCAAAAACAGCAAGAGAAGUUGCAAAUGCAACAAGAGCUUCUUGAGCAGCAAUUGCAGCAGCAUCACCAUAUGCAACAACACCAGCAGCAGGGAUCUGUUUUAGCCAAGUACAACUUUUCCGGCCAGGUCUCACCCUUGCUGAAAAAAGACUUGCUGGUCAGCCAGACGAGCACUGCCUCAGCUGUUGUCAGUGCUGUGUCACCAGUCAUCAACCCGGAGAUGUAUAUCACUGGACCCAUUGAGCUGAAAGGAAAGCCCAGCCCCCCUGGCAUGAUUACAGGUGGGAAAACACCACAUAGUAUGGUAGUACAGAUAGAUGGGGGACAAGAGCAGGUCAGGGCUGUGACCCAGAUUAUAAAAGUGGAGGAAGGACAAGAUGCAGCAGAUCUGUCAGGAGGCCAGAUUAAACCUGACAACCAACCAGCUUGCUGCGAUGUUGUAUACCGACUUCCCUUUGGUGGAAGUUGUGUUGGUGCUUCUGAGAAAGAAGGUAUAAGACCUCCUUCCGCUCCACCUUUUUCCUAUGAUUCUGAUCAAGAGAGACAACCUGGAAGAUAUUGUGAAUAUCCAGUGGAAGGGCCCAAGUCCCACACAUUGCCUUAUCCUGGUAGGCUUCAACCCUCAAUGUCUGACACAAACCUGUCUGAGGCGGGGCUACAAUCCUACCAUUCUAAAUUAGAACAACUUCAAGCCCAAGGAGAACACGCAAUGGAUCUAAACGCUGUAAAACACGGCUAUGGGGCGUAUAUCGGGAUGCAGUAUGGCUCAUACACAGAUUUGCGACAUGGAGCGGAACUCCCUGCCCCAACAUUGCCUAUACGACGAUACAAUUCCUUGUCCAACAUCAAUUCUGACUAUGGCUACUCUGCUCGUGACAUUGCCAAUUUCCAGGAAGCUAAUUUAGCCCAGUACAGCGCCACAACUGCCAGAGAGAUCAGCCGAAUGUGUGCUGCGCUCAAUUCAAUGGAUCGCUACGGAAGCAACCCAGACCUGAUGCAGUUUGGGAGUCUGGGGAGAGGAACCAGCCCAGCGACCUCAAGAUUAUCAGCUGGUUUUGGCUUGAGACAAAAUCUGCUUUUUGGAUUGGAUGGGAAGCCAUUAUCCCACAACCAAGCACUUACUCACCUCAUAAAUGCCAGACAGGCCAGUCUUAGAGCCAUGUACCCUGCAGCCAUUCGCUCCUCAGAUGGAAUGAUCUACUCCACCAUUCAGACACCCAUUGCCUCUACCUUACCUAUCACAACUCAGCCUGCUUCUGUUCUUCGACCACUACUGAGAGGGGUUUACAGACCUUACUCAUCCCCCAACAUGACGCCUGUGCCCUUGUCUAGUCUCACCAGAUUGCCAAUGACGCCAAGAACGUCGUUAUCUGGACAAGCUCCGAUCCGUUACCCUGGACCAGGUCUUCUCCAGACAACAUCAGUCUCUGCCACUACUGCUGAUGCAAUAACAACCUUAGCACCAACGAGUGCCCCAGUAUCUGUUCCCAUGACAGCUACAGUCCAAGAUGAACCGGUUUUUCUGGGUAAAGGUGCUAUUGUAACCUCUUCAUCUGUAGAGGUCACAUCAGCUGACCCACAGCAUCAACCGCUAAACAUGUCCCAAGCGCACCUGAACAGUCAACAACCACAGACUCAAGCAACAACUGCUCAUUGUUACGCAUCAGUCGGCCAUACAGAUUCCUCUAGCAGUUUAUCGGUAGCAGGGGGUCUACCUCCAUUCCCCCCACCUGGUGCUGUACACAAAGAUGGUGAAACUGAAGCUGAAAGGUUACAUCGUCAGCAGGAGCAGCUUCUGCAGAUGGAAAGGGAGCGUGUCGAGCUGGAGAAACUCCGGCAACUGCGUCUACAGGAAGAGCUGGAACGAGAAAGGGUUGAGCUGAAGCUGCACAGAGAGAAGGAGCAUAUUCUGGUGCAGAGAGAAUUGCAGGAGCUGCAGAGCAUCAAGGAACAGGUUCUACAACAGCAGCAACAAGAACGAGAGAAACAACUUGUUGUCCAGAAGGAACAGUUGGCCCAGCAAAAGUCCCAACUUGACCAGAUCCAGUCCUUACAGCAUCAGCUCCAACAGCAGCUUGUAGAACAGAAGCGACAGAAAACAGCCGCUGCGGUCCAGAACUUGCAGAUGGAUGUGAACGGACAGCCUCUACAUCCUUAUACUGACCAUCAAACUGGAACCCGUUCACUCCCCAACUCCUCUUCAGAGAUGUGUCUAAAGAGCCACGAGGAGCAUUUUGAGAACCAGAGCAAUAUGAGGAAACACAGCUCCAUGACCAGACUGAGCAGAGACAGCUUGGACGGAGAAGGCGUUGUCUUCCAUGUUUCCCCUCGCAGGAAUGUGGAUAGUUGUGUGCAGACAGAUGAAGAAGAUGGAGAGGAAAGGUACAUGAUGCGUCAUCGAACCAGGCGGCGUGGUCGCAGCGUGGACUGCUCGGUUCAGACAGAUGACGAUGAGGACAAGGCUGAAACAGGGCAGCCAGUCCGCCGAAGACGCUCUCGCUACUCUCGACAUUCCGAAUCCAGCGCUACUGGCAGCGGAACUGCCACGAGCACGGCUGCUACUGACACCAAAACCAGCACGUCUAAGAUGGUAUCCUCCAGCAUAGCCAUCCAAACCAUCAGGGAAAUGUCCUGCCAAACCGAAGUUGAGCACCUUGGAAGAGUUUCCCCUGCCAUCCAUGUGACGUUACCAGACCCAAAUAAAGUAGAGAUCGUGCACUACAUCUCAGGACCUGAACGGACCAAUAAAGGACAGUCACUGGCAUGCCAGACUGACCCAGAAGCCCAGUCACAAGGUGUUGUCGCUCCCCAGCUCAGCAUACCAACCACAGUGAGCCCGUAUUCUUCCUCCACCAGUUGUGGAACCCAACAAUCGGGUUCCACUGACAUUUCGUCACAGCAGCGCCAGCAGCAGCAUAUCUCAGCAAAUGCGGCCAAGUUUGAGCGCAGACGUCCUGACCCACUCGACAUUAACUACCAACCCCACAACCACCUGCACAAUGAGUCCAUCUCGAGCAUCAUCCGGCAGCAGCAGACGGUCCCGAAAACCACACAGGUCCUCUACUCACCUGUCUCGCCGGUUUCACCUCAUCGCCUGUUGGAGAAUUCGCUAUCGAGUGAGCGGCUGAACAAGGCCCAUGUCACUCCUCAGCAAAAAGCAUACACUGCAGAGUCCCCCCAGCGACAUCCCUCCAUGCCCAGACCAAUAAAGAGCACCCAAAGGUCCAUGUCAGACCCUAAAUCUCUUAGUCCUACAGCGGAUGAGCACACGAAGGCUAGGCUGUCCCUUUAUCAACAACAAGCACUACAGAACCAGCUGGCAGCCCUUCAUCAGAGCUCGCUGCUACGUAAGGUCAAGAGAACCCUGCCCAGCCCUCCUCCGGAAGAGACGACGACAUCAGUUCAUCUGCCCCUGAUGACCCCUGCCCUUCAACAGGUCUACUUGCCAUCCGUGCCCAGCCUAAAGCCCAGCUCCAGGUCUGGCCUAGCCGCCAAAGCCAGCCUUCUCAAAGACCUCACCCAUGAGCUAAAGGCAGUGGAGCAAGAAUCAACAAAGCUGAGAAAGCAGCAAGCUGAACUGGAGGAGGAGGAGAAGGAGAUUGAUGCUAAGCUGAGAUACCUUGAGCUGGGGAUUCACCAAAGGAAAGAGACAUUGGUCAAGGAGAGAGAGAGGAGGGAUAUUGCUUAUCUGAGGUGCAUGGGUGAUGCUCGGGACUAUAUGUCCGACAGUGAGUUAAACAACCUACGAUUGGCAGCUGCAGCUGCAUCACAUGAGACCAAUGGACUGUUGACAAGACCAAGUACUGCACCUCUCAGCCAGUUCAGCAACGAUCUGAACACAGCAGCCCAGUACACACCCACAUCAUCUUUCCACUCGCAAUAUCCCCAGAGCCAACCAGCAGCACCAACUCAAUCAAGUUUAGGCUUCCAGUCCUCAACAUUCAACCAGGCUCCUUAUCCAACAGUGUCUCAGUCCCAGGCCUUACCACAGCCGGCCCCCCUCCAGAGUCAUGGUCAUCCUUCGGGACCAUCCUACCAAUCUCAAACUGCAUACUCUUCCCACACCUACCCGCAAACUCAACCCCCAUACCCCCAAACCGACAUAGGGUUGCCAAGUGCACCGCAAUCUCAGCCCCAACCAGGGCACACUGGUUUUGGUCCAGCUCCACCUGGUCAGCCCCCAUACCCCACCCACAGCUCACCUUAUCCGAGUGCUGUGUCCUCUUACCCCAGCCAGAAUGCCCCUUACCCUGCGCAACCUCAAACAGAAAUUUUGACAGUACAUCAGGGAAGGCCGAGGCAAACGUCGCUGGCUGAUCUGGAGCACAAGAUGCCCACCAAUUAUGAGACAAUCAGCAAUCCUACGGUCGUGGUUACAACCACGGCACAAGACAGUACCUAUUCCAGUUCAGCUGCCUCAUUUGGUCAAUACACUGGAACAACAACCAUGGCCAACUAUGGACCCUAUGGCUCAGCAACAGUCUCCACUGGUUACGGUGGGUUUUCUACCAUUCCACCCAGCACCUAUGGACAGUAUACAUCAACAACAGUUGGUUCGUAUGGCCAAUACACCACAACCACUGCUAAUGCAUAUAGCUACACAGCAACAACAGCCAGCUCAUAUGGACAGUACACGACAACCGUUUCCAAUGCCUAUGGACAUGCUGUGGAUAGUCCCUCCACGGCUGAGGGCAUGUACGUGGCACCUGGUUUGGAACAAAACAUCCCAAGAAACUACAUGAUGAUAGAUGAUGUAAGUGAGCUGACGGCAAAAAACGGGCUGGGCACGACAACAGUGGACAUGAUGCAUCACGGCGGCGUUGGCCGUUACCCCGGCGACACCCACGGUCACAGCAGCACCAUUGGCAGCACGACGCGUGGGGGAACUAGCAGCGCCAUGUACGGCAGGGCAACCGAGGAGGAAGCGGCGAUGCAGGAAGAAUUGUACGACCACCAUGGCAGGGGUAAGAGCAGCUACAGGCACGGACCUCUAGGGGGCAGCAGCAGCGUGAGCACUAGCAUGGGUGGGGGAUCCUCCUAUUACUAUGACUACGACUACAAACAUGGAAGCUUCCGGUCUGGGGUGCAGAAAUCGUCGUCCCCCAGAAGCCUUUUGGCUCCUGCUGUCAUGUCCAGCAAACGCAGCAAGCACAGGAAACUGGGCAGUAUGGAGCAGAAAAUCUCCAAAUUCUCCCCCAUUGAGGAGGCUCGAGAUGUAGAGGCAGACCUGGCCUCUUAUUCUUCAGCAGCUGGCGGAGGUUACCCUUCCUCCAACAUCCGAGGACGUCAGCUGAUCGAGGACUACGGGUUCAAGAGGAGUACUUACGACACUGGCAGCGGCAUCACCCAUGGUAGUCGAUACUUUGGAGAGGAGGAUGACCGGGUGUACUACACUUCCACUGGCCGUUCACGCUCCACUGGCUACGGCAUGGACAAGAUCACAGCCAGAGACUACUCUGGGUACCGCAGCAGAUCCUAUGAGAGGGAUGACCGCUCCUACCGAUCUGGCUAUAGCCGGGGGCGCCACCCAACCAGGCAGUAUUCUGAAGAGGAGAGGCCACUCAGUCCCCUGGGGAGAUUCAUGGGUUCCGGGCGAUCAUCAAGCUUAGGCCCCGACCCAUAUGACAGUCGCAGCAGUAGAUACCAGUACUAUUAUGGCCAAUAUGGUUCCAGUCACUCUCUGCCAGAUGUUCAAGACCACAUACGGGACCUACCCCGGACCCAUGUCUACAAGUCGGAUGAUACAUACAUAAUAGACGAUUAUCAUUGCGCUGUGUCAGACAGUGAAGCCUACCAUCUGGGCCAGGAAGAGACAGACUGGUUUGAGAAGCCACGUUCCAGUUCUCGGCACUACGGCAGCAGCCACUCAACCGGAAGGAGUCGCCAUGGUGUGAAACACACCUAUCAUGAUUACGAUGAGCCUCCUGAGGAGGACCUGUGGCCUCAGGAUGAGUACGGCCAUGGAGGACGACACUCUUCGUCCACCCGAGACCACCGGCAUCAUGGCAGCUCAAGUCGGCACUCAUCCUCAUCACGUCAUUCCGAUGAACCAAGGUCCUCUAGGUCAUCUAAGGCCCAUACUAAAGAACCUCCAUUGAGGCACGAACCUUCAGCGCGGUCUUCUUCAUCGGGAAGACGCGGUGAUUCAAGGUCUGGAGCUUACCACUCAUCGGACUACUCUCGGGAUCCGUCUGGCCACCAUCAUAGCCAGAGAUCUUCGAGGCAAGGGGAUCCGCAUCGCUCAUCACGCAGCAAGUCUCAACAACAAGUCGACAUGCAAGGCCAGCCAGGUACUUCCAGGUCUGGCUCUUCUUCAAGGGGACAGGGCCCUGCAGGUGGCCCUUCAGGAUCCGGGCGACAGGUUGGCCAGGUUUCCCAGAACGACGGAGUCCCAGGACAGAGGACGCAGCUCCAACAACAAGCCCAGACGUCAACGGCAAGGCCGGGGCAGCAAGGACCCCCAACUACCACUAGUGCUCAGCAACAGCCCCCACCCCAAGGACAAAGCAUGGGGGUGGGGCAGGGCCAGGCCAAACCCGGGCAAAUGGGAGCAGCUGGAGGACCUAUGGGGCAGGCCAGGCAGACAGGACCCACGGGAACAACAACUGCCCCCAUGGCCAAGAUUGAGACACCUCCAACAACAGCCAUAGGAGCAAAAGCAGCACCUGUCAUGGCCACAAAAGGAGCUCAACCACCUCUCACAGGCAUAGGCUCCAAGGCAGCUCCAAGGCCCGGCGGUAUAGGCAGUGCGGCAGCAGGUCAGCCAGGCAUGGAGGGAGACAGCAUGUUGUCCAAGAUCCUGCCAGGAGGAGCUGCUGAGCAGGCUGGAAAACUAGGAGAAGCUAUAUCCGGCAUUGGCAAGAAGUUCACCUCUUUCUUCUAAAGUGCUAAGUUCAAGGACUAUGUAAAAACUCAAAGCCAUGCGACCCGUACCAGAUAAACCUGCAACGUUCCUCUUGUUUUUCAUUCCCUGAAAGAGAGAAAAAGGGAAGGAGCAGACAAUGUUGAGACUCAAGCAUGCAAAUUAAUCCAGGGCGCCAAUCAUCAAUCCAAAAAUUCACUUUAACCUCAACUGGCUUUGAGACAAAACAAAUGGUGGAUCAAAAACAAUCCUGAAGAACAAGUAAAGCAGAAAGAUCACAUACAACCAGUCAACCAUGUGGCUCCAAGACACACAUGACUGGGAGAACAUGAAUGAUGCAACGUAUGCAGAGGACUCCGAUCCGUACCACUGGAGGACUUUAGCAUGCUUUGUCUCAUCCAACAAAGCUGCUUCGCUCAUCUUCCUCUUCCUCUCUUCCGAAGGAUUUGGAAGCGAAAGGGACGUAGAAUAUUUGCAAUGCAGGUUUUUCUGGUACCGACCACCUCUUUGUUCCGUCACCCGUCCAGUUCAUGCAAAUGCAUCGUUGACAAACGUCAACGGCGACGUUAUGCGGGCGUUCUCUUUCUAUCUACAUUCCAGAUUGUGAUUCCUCUUCUGCACUUCUUCCAGUUCUGUUUUCUAAUUCCCACGCCAACGCUCCUCAAUUUGUCUUUAAAGAAGCAUAGUGGAGAAGGAGAGAGAAUUUGGAAUGCAUGGAACUUUAUAUCUAAGACCUUCACACUGUUCGUCAUCAUUAAGCAGAGGCCAUAAAGACACUGGCAAAUGCGUCGGAGCUCGACUACACAAGCAGGAACAAAAUGGAAAUGGGAGUUUGUAUUCAGAAGCAAACCGUUUUAGCCAUUACAAAGCCAUCAAGACGUUUUCUGUCUGCUGUCACAAGUCCCCAUUUUUGAGUUUUGAAUUUUGUUCAGUUGCCAGCACAGCCUUACUUGUUUAUUUAUAUUUUGUUUUAACGUGAAAGUGGACUAUUUUUUUAUGGCAUCCAUGAACACAAUUUCUCCGCGUAUUUCUGUACGCUGACAAUGAGAUUAUCAUUUUUUUUAUCAUCACUUUUUUUCUAUUCAUGUUGCCAAGCUCCCUUUCGUUUUUGUUGCGUUAACACUCAUGAACUCAUGAACUAUAUCAAAGCAAUAGAAUUUAGGGAGCCGAGUCAAGAGCACAACAGUGUGUCAUUUGACCAAGUAAAAAAUAGUUGCCUGCGUCAGUCCAAAUUAGCAGUCAUGUGACGCUCACCAAUCAACAUAUAAGGAAACGGAACACCCACCUCCCAUCCCCAUCCCUUAAUCCCAACCUCUCAAUGUUGUACCACAGUUGCGGCUGACUAAUACACUACAACGACCUGCAACCAACCGCAGUGGGACAUUUAGAGGCACGAGUCACCGAUGCGGCCGAGAGCACUGCAGGCCAGCAGAGAGGCAGUGAAGACCCUGGACUUGGCACCCUAACCUCGGUUUCGGGAUCACGUUGGGACAAGGCCACCCACACUCCCACCUCCUUCCGAGCCACGACCUCGCAUAUCGUCAGUAUGCAUCCGCAUGUCAAGUCGAAUGUGCGCAGUGCACAUGAAAGCACAUUUCCAAAUGGUGUAAAGAAAGGGAGAAAAAGGAACCAAAAAUCGCUUUUUUCCCCAUUUUCUAUCUCACCCUGACCUACAACCUAUCUCAGUUGUCAUGGAAACUACUCAGGUCAGUGCUCUCCCUCCUGCUGAUGACGCUCCUGCAGUGCAUUGUGGGAUGGAUCUGUAUUUUGCCUAUACGCCGCACGACAGCAACAACAAACGUACUGUCGAGGCCAAACGUGACGAGCAGAAACCGACACUUGUGUUGUAUAUUGUCCAUGUGAACGCUCGCCGGGGACCUUCGCAUGCUGCCCGGCGUUAACAAAAAAAAAGGAAAAGAAAAACCUCAAAGUCACCUCUAUAUUGUUUUGUUCCUAAAAUUCGUAUGUAUGUGCAUAUGAGUGUGGCACUUGUGUUUGUAUGUAUCCGCCAACGAUGAACAUAAAAAGAAAACCUGUUCAAUCAAUCGCCACAGGUACGGUACGGGGCUAAAAGGAAAGGCCACCUCUCAUCUCCACUCGUUCUAUGCAAUGAAUCCCAUUUAGUAACAAUAUGAGCCAGACAAGUUGGCAUAAAAAAAACACAGUCAUAGCCAAACGCUAAGGUUUUGCCAUUAGUGAAUAAUAGCAGCAAAGCUUACGCGAUGCGUUCAACUGGAAAAUGGAAAAUACAGGGGCAUCGUAAUACAUUUUUAGUUUGAUUCCAAGGGUGGAACUCGUACACAUUCAUAAAAGAAAAUCAUUUUCAGAAGGCUGGUUUCAAAUGAAUCGUAAUGUUCUUGCAACUGUAUAAUUUGAGAAGUUUAUUUUCGGUUUGGAUUAGUUAUAAAGCUAUAAUCAUUCAAAUUCUGAUAAAACAAAUAGUGCAAAGAGUGGAUCUACAUAAAGUAUGAGUUUCGUUUAUGAAUUUUUUUUUCCACGAUAUUGACAUGUAUUAGAAUACGCACGCCUGUAUUUAGGGCUAUUUCAGAAGUAAACUUUGGUAAAAAUCUUGCUGUGGUCAAAUUGACCCCGAGGAUCCAAACUGUUGGUGAUUUUUACGGUAACAGGAGAGUUAAAUAGAACAAGUGAGAAAAAACAAACAAAGCGGCACACAGUUGAUCCCAAAUGUCAGUCAUUACUGGAUACGAUGCUUCAAGCAGUACAUGCAGUCCUUGGCCGAAUAAACAUUGAGAGGUGUUCCCCAGAUAUUUAUCAAGAAAUUCAUAUAUAUUGAGAGAUUCUAUACAGAUUACCGAAGAUUCCAAAAUGUGCUCCAUGGCUGCUCAGUGGUGAAAGCGACCUCAUGUUUUCUUUGUGUCUGUUUCUGAUGACAUUGACGAUACCAUGACGGUUUACAAAGAGUCAGAUCAAAGGCUCAGAAGAGAUUAUACUUAUUAUAUUUAUUUGUUCUCUUAUGUUGCAAUAAUGUUCCUUGGGCAAGUUGUAAUAUUUCUCCCCAAUCUCAAUAACAUUGUUCAUUAUUCAGUUUUAUCAAAUCAGCCGGCAGUUAUAUAAAGUAUACAGUAUGUUGUUUUCACGUGAGCAGAAGUUUCAUACCAAAACAUUUUAACUUGAAGAUGAGUCUAUUUGACCCAUGAUAUAAUAUGAGGGUCAACUGUAUUAUGAUAAGAAUGUGUAUUUGUCAGAAGGGGGUGGAGAUGGGGCUCAAGAAAAUUGCUAUUUUUGUUUGGCGUACAAAUCAGUCAUCUUUAAGAAGUCUAUAUUUUAUGAAAUAUGAAUGAGAGUAUUUAAGAAAUUAUUUUCGAAUAAUCAUAGGGGAUGCUGUACGGUUGGGGAAUUUCAGAAAGGAGGACGUUGAACUCUAACGUUAAAAAAAAAUGUGGAAGAGCGGAAAGUAGUAUUUCAUACACAGCUGGCGAAACUAUCAAAGGUCAUCACACACUAUUUUCUCAAACACAAAUUGAAUCUUUAUGAGGUUUCUAAUAAAUGGAUAUUUCGUAGCCUGGCCACCGUUAGUUCGCAUUUGCUUGUCUCAAUCAGCCACUCGAGGUGACUUAAAUAUGCAUCGCAGCAAGGGCUUUUAGUCUACAGUGUAAUAUUAGUCAUCGAAGAAAGCCAUUGAAGCAGUUGUGCUGUCUGCACUCUGUUGGUGUCUUGUCUAGUUCUAGCAAUGUAAUAGACUAGACUUGAGAGUGAAAAUAACCAACCGACGGCAUGUUUGAAGCACAAAUGUAGACAACUAAACACACAGAUUGCAAAUAAUUCACAUUUUGACAUUAAAUUUACUUUGGAUGUGAAAAGGAUUCAGAUAAAUCUCCAUGACCACAUCAACCCUGCUUUAUGUGCAAAAUGAAAAAAUGGAACCGAUGACAUUUUGGAGUGUUCAAAGUUGUGAACUGUCACUAACACUUUUUUCUUUGUAAUACUGUUUCUUGAUAGCCUCAGCAAUAAGUGAGCAAUUUUACUUAGAUUGCAUUUUGAAAUGAUGUUUACAUUAUUUUUUUUUUUAAAGAAAUUUUGUUUCCUUGAUUUUACAGACAUGAAAAAGACCAACGUAAAAGUUCCGCGUUCAACAAUUUUUACGGAUAAGUUUACAGUCGAGAAAAAGUGCACGUGUAAAUGUCGCUCAGAGAUUUUUUUUUCCCCCUGUAUGUACGAAUGGUCAAAAUGUUUUUACAGCAGUGCUACAUAGGGCAGCAUUCCAUGAAAAAGACCUUGAGAUAUUAUAAAUGCGUAUUAUAAAUAGAUAUUUAUGAAGAGAUGUUUAAGGUGAGCAGGAGUGGAACAGAGACAAGCUAUAAAAUUGUAUGGGAGUCUUUUUUGUUUGUUUGUCCAUAUAAAGAAUCAUUAGUGAAACGGCAUGCAUGAAUUGACACCUAUCCCAGCAAUCCGAAAAGAGAGUCCACUCAACCCCUUCCCUUGACUUUUUGAGCCUCGUCGACAUUCCACCUCACGAGCUGCCAUAUUUUGGGGUACGUUCCCGGUGUAAAUAAGGGAUGAGAGCCAGUUCACCUGACACAAUCAUGGCAGGUCAUGGACAUGUUCUUUUCAACAUGUAAAUGUCAGCAAUGAUAAAACAAGCAGGCACGAGUGGGGGGUUUUGCAAACCGCCACAAGGCAACACAAGUUGGAGCGUAUGCAAGCCUGAGCCUCCUUAUAGCCAAACGUGCGCUUUAAUUGUGUAUAAAAACAACUUCAACAAAGAGAGCUGAAAAUCAGACAAAUGAGUAUAGGACAAACAUUUGCAUUGUGUGUGGGUGUGGCUGGCUCGUGCCGACUGUUUGAUUAUAUUGAUUGAAAAAAAUGGAAUCAGAUAUAGAGAAAGAUGACAUUGAUCUCUGUAGAGUUUCUAUAAAUGUUGUGUUUGUAAAAUGCGAUAGCAUUCAAAACAAAAGGUGGGUUACUUUUCCGGCUUCCGUGUAAAUUCUGGGGUGGGCACAUGGUAUUUGGAGGGGAAAUGGACAAUACAUGUAAAAAAAACAUAAUUAUAUAGAUAAAAUUUAUGAAGCUGGAGAUGAAAAAAAAAGAGCCUAAUAAUAACAACGUCCAUUGUUGUAAGUGCAAUGAGCUCAACUUCCUGUUCUCCCCAUUGUAAAACCUUGUGUACGUUUCUGUGUGUUCCUCCUGUAAAUGGGUGUAGUAGACCUGGUGCAUCAUGCCAUGUAAUGUGAUGAAUGAUUAAUUAUGACCUAAAAAUACAUUUCAAUCAGGAAAAAUAAAAUACAAAUACAUACGAA